AUGAAAUCUCCAGGAAAACAUUUAAUCACAGUCGACAACCCUAUUCUUACUGCUAUGAGAAUUGGGACAGAUUCCUGCAGUGGUAUCAAUGCUGAUUCCUACGGUUGUAUCUAUGGUGAUUCCUAUGGCGGUAUCUAUGGUGAUUCCUAUGGUGGUAUCUAUGGUGAUUCCUAUGGCGGUAUCUAUGGUGAUUCCUAUGGUGGUAUCAAUGCUGAUUCCUAUGGUGGUAUCUAUGGUGAUUCCUAUGGCGGUAUCUAUGGUGAUUCCUAUGGUGGUAUCAAUGCUGAUUCCUAUGGUGGUAUCUAUGGUGAUUCUUAUGAUGGUAUCUAUGGUGAUUCCUAUGGUGGUAUCUAUGGUGACUCCUACAGUUGUAUCUAUGGUGAUCCCUAUGGUGGUAUCUAA